UAUUUCAUUGGAUUACCCCCCGCAGAUGCUGGAGGGCCGGUCACAGGAAUAAUAAAGAAUGUUGUUUUGUAAUCUCUGCGAGCAAUUAUGAAAUACUCGAGCGUGUCACAACGAAACCUGCCUGCAGCCGCUUUCGAGUCUUUUUAUUCAUCUUAUCUUUAUCUUAAUAUAUUCUUAACAACGGAAAGUUCAACUAGUUUAAAUGGCAACAUCUGACUUUGUACUUGGAGGCUUAGCCUCGGUGGGUGCCACUUUCUUUACCAAUCCCAUCGAAGUAAUCAAGACGCGCAUUCAAUUGCAAGGAGAAUUGGCUGCUCGCGGCACUUAUGUGGAGCCAUACAAGGGUAUUGUCCAGGCCUUUGUCACGGUGGCCAAAAAUGAUGGGAUGCUGGGCCUACAGAAGGGUUUGGCGCCAGCUCUGUGCUUCCAGUUUAUUAUAAAUUCCUUUCGGCUGAGCAUUUACUCUACGGCUGUGGAGAAGCGUUGGAUGCACAAUAAGCAAGGCGAAAUAUCCUAUGGCUUGGGACUCAUGUGGGGCGCCAUUGGCGGCGUUGUUGGUUCCUAUUGCUCCAGCCCGUUUUUCUUGAUUAAGACGCAGCUUCAAUCCCAGGCGGCUAAACAAAUAGCUGUUGGCUUCCAGCAUGAGCACUCCUCCAUGUCAGAUGCACUGCGGCAAAUUUGGCAAAAGAAUGGAAUUGUCGGUUUAUGGCGUGGCUCUGUGGCAGCACUGCCACGAGCGGCUGUGGGGUCAGGUGCCCAGAUUGCCACAUUUGGUAAAACUAAAUCAUUGCUGCAGGAGUACGAUCUAGUCACUCAACCCAGCUGCAAUUCGUUUUGUGCUGGUCUAAUUGCGGGAUCCAUAAUGUCGGUCGCCAUAACACCACCAGAUGUUAUCACCACGCGUCUGUACAAUCAAGGCGUCGAUGCUCAAGGUCGAGGUCUGCUUUACAAAGGCUGGCUAGACUGCUUCCUAAAGAUUUUUAAGGCGGAAGGUGUUUACGGUAUGUAUAAGGGCUUUUGGGCCAACUAUUUGAGAAUUGCUCCGCAUUCGACUCUAGUCUUGUUGUUCUUUGACGAACUGAUCGCCGUGCGUGAGAAAUACGAUCUGCACUAUUAAGACCAAGUCUUUGGCAGUUGUAUUCUGUUGCUUGUCCUAAAUUUAAGUACAAAUGUUGUUUUUUUCCUGUUACUAUAGUAGUACCUAGAAAUUCCUAGAUCCAAUCUCGCCUGAGCGUGCAAAGUGCCUUCAGUAAGCUAACCAACAAAAUCAACUAUUAACUUUAGUUAGUAAUUUGUGCAAUAAUUUGAUCAAAUAAAAAAAACGUUAUUUUGUUAUA